GGGGCGGGUCUUGCGUUGAAUGGAUAGCGGAAGUUGUUGCAGACAGUGAGCUUGCAUUUUGACAGCGUUGGACUCAGAGUUCAGAGCCCCAUUGUGACUAGAGGAACACUGCUUAAUCACCAUGGUGGAUUCUCAGUACUACCUCCCCAAUGACAUUGGGAUCUCAGCUCUGGAUUGUGGGGAAGCCUUUCGACUGCUGUCGCCAAAGGAGCAGUUGUAUGCACAUUACCUGUCAAGGGCAGCUUGGUAUGGUGGCCUCGUGGUGCUGGUGCAGACCUCCCCAGAGUCUCCCACCAUCUAUGUGCUCUUGCAGAAAAUUUUUCGGAAGCAGCCACCUGCACAGCUGGAGGCUGUGGCAACUGCAGCUGGACUGAGCUCUGAGGAAUAUCAGGCAUUUCUUGUAUAUGCUGCAGGGCUUUAUGCAAACAUGGGAAACUACAAGUCAUUUGGUGACACAAAGUUCAUCCCUAAUCUGCCAAAGGAAAAGUUUAAGGCUCUGGUGUGGGAGAGUCAGGCCUAUAAGGAAAACCCUGGUGAGAUCGAGACGCUGUGGAACAGCUGUUCCCACUUCCUCUACUCCCUGGAAGACAAGCAGAAACAGCUUGGUUUAGGGGACAAGGGAAUCACCACAUACUUCUCAGGAGAUUGCUGUUUAGAAGAUGCAGAGUUGGCUCAGAAAUUUCUAGACUCCAAGAACCUGAGUGCCUACAACACCCGGUUGUUUAAGAAGGAGUCAGAUGGUAAACGCUGCUAUGAGGUGCGCCUCGCCUCUGCAGUGAAGAAAGACUGUACUGUUGAAGGUGAGGCAGAGACUCCCUGCAGCACGUUUGAAUUCGAGGGUGCAUCAUUCUCUGUUCAGAGAGGAGACUAUGCAUUUCUUAUGGAGAAAGUGAGCCAGAACCUUGAGAAAGCAAAGGCUUAUGCUGCCAAUGAGAACCAGGCAAAAAUGUUGGAGGAGUACAUCCGCAGUUUCACCUACGGAUCUGUGGAUGCUCAUAAAGAAGGCUCACGUUUCUGGAUCAAAGACAAAGGACCUAUUGUGGAGAGUUACAUUGGCUUUAUUGAGAGCUACAGAGAUCCAUUUGGUUCAAGAGGGGAAUUUGAAGGGUUUGUUGCAGUGGUGAAUAAGGCCAUGAGUGCCCGCUUUGCACAGCUGGUGAGCUCAGCAGAGGUCUUGCUGCCUGAACUCCCCUGGCCGCCAGCCUUCGAGAAGGAUCGCUUCCUCAAACCUGACUUCACUUCACUGGAUGUGCUUACCUUUGCUGGCAGUGGCAUCCCAGCAGGAAUCAACAUUCCAAACUAUGAUGACAUCCGACAAACCGAAGGCUUUAAGAAUGUGUCUCUUGGGAAUGUGUUGGCUGUUGCAUACGCCACACAGAAAGAAAAGCUUACUUUCCUUGAUGAAAAAGAUAAGGAUCUCUACAUCAAGUGGAAGGGCCCAUCUUUUGAGGUGCAGGUGGGGCUUCAUGAGCUUCUGGGUCAUGGCAGUGGAAAACUCUUUGUCAAGGAUGAUAAGGGAAAAUUCAACUUUGAUCAGGCUGAGGUCCGUAAUCCAGAGACAGGAGAAUUGAUUUCCAGCUGGUACAAAGGCAGUGAAACGUGGGACAGCAAGUUCUCCACCAUUGCUUCCUCAUAUGAGGAGUGUAGGGCAGAGUGUGUGGGGCUCUACCUCUGUCUCAACAAGCAGGUGCUCAGUAUCUUUGGACAUGAGGGUGAAGAAGCAGAGGAAGUAAUCUAUGUCAACUGGUUAAAUAUGGUCCGUGCUGGCCUGCUGGGUUUGGAGUUUUACACACCAGAGAGCAAGAGCUGGAGACAGGCUCAUAUGCAGGCUCGCUUUGUGAUUCUGCGUGUGCUGCUGGAAGCAGGAGAGGGGCUGGUGACCCUGAGCAAGACCACAGGCGCGGAUGGCCGGCCCGAUGCUCUCAUCACACUUGAUCGUAGCAAAAUCCACACAGUGGGCAAGAGUGCCAUUCAGAAGUUCCUCUGCAAACUGCAGGUGCACAAGUCUACAGCUGAUGUGGAGGGAGGCCGAGCUCUGUAUGAGGGUUACUCUGCAGUGACAUCUGAUGGUUCUCACAACUUCCUACAACUCCGUGAGACUGUCUUGCUUCGCAAAGAGGCCCGAAAGAUGUUCGUCCAGGCCAACACGCGAGUCAAAGGUGAGGCUGUGGAACUGGAGGAGUAUGAGUCUAGUGCUGCAGGCCUGGUCCAGUCAUUCAUCCAGCGCUUCCCUGAAGAUGCUGAAGAAGUGGAGGCUCAAUUGCUGGAACUGGCCUCCAGGGAUGCCACCUGCUGGUGUUGAGAGGAAGACUGCGCCCUGAGAGCCAGCCUCUCAGACGAGCAUAACACCACACUUAGCCAGCAGGUACACGCUGCCUCGCAGAAAUGAUCAAAUCGGAUAGAAAUAGGGUGCCCUUGAAGAGACUGUAGGAAAUAUGCCAAGAAAAUACACAUGCACAAUGCUUAAUGCUUCACUUGUUCUACCACGCACAACUUGCUGUUAAUGUCUUUUGUUUUUCCAGCAAUCUGUUCACUAGAGUCAAAAGAACAAAUCCAUGUCACUUUUAGAUUCGGAGUAUGCAAUCACUCCUCUGUAUCUAAGAUGGGACCACGGCCUACGCCUCCCACACAGAUGGAGAUGUGUUAAAGCAUCGAUGGAAAAAAAUGUGCUCUGUGAGGGUGGAGUGGGAGCAGCACUUAUAUAAUCCAAACACAUUACACUUUUUUGAGUUAUUUUAAAACAAACACAUUCUGCAUAAUCAUCUCAUAGUAUUCAGUGUUGCUGCAUCACAUAAUCAGUUGAUUGUUAGUUAAACUGUGGGGAAAUGAACGGUUUAAUGGGACGUUCCCCAAGAUAAUUCCCCAGGUUGUCAUCGUUUAAUGGACUUUGAUUACCUUGAAGGCAUGUAAUGUCGAAGUGUGCUUUGUGUGAUUGCAGACAAAGGGAGUAUUUCCUACCAAAUAAAGUCAUUUUCCAAAGUCU